CCGGGUUCCUGAGUCGCGUGCGUCGGCAACGGUAGUGACGCGUAUUGCCGAGAGGAUGGCGGACGCCGGCUUGCGCCGCGUGGUUCCCAGCGACCUGUAUCCCCUCGUGCUUGGCUUUCUGCGCGAUAAUCAGCUCUCGGACGUGGCCAAUAAGUUCGCCAAGGCAACAGGCGCUACCCAACAGGAUGCCAACGCCUCUUCCCUCUUGGACAUCUAUAGCUUCUGGCUCAAGUCCACCAAGGCCCCAAAGCGGAAGUUACAGGCAAAGGGACCAGUGACUAAGAAGGCUAAGAAGAAGACUUCAUCCAGUGACAGCAGUGAGGACAGCAGCGAGGAGGAAAAAGCCCAAGGGCCUCCCGCUAAGAAAGCUGCUGUACCUGCCAAGCGGGCCAGUCUGCUUCAGCAUCUUGGAAAGGCUGCAGUCAAGGCAUCAGAGAGCAGCAGCAGCAGUGAAGAAUCCAGUGAUGAUGAUGAGGAGGACAAAAAGAAAAAGCCUGUCCAGAAGGGAGUUAAGCCCCAAGCCAAGACAGUCAAAGCUCCUCCUAAGAAGGCCAAGAGCUCUGAUUCUGAUUCUGACUCGAGCUCAGAGGAUGAGGUGCCAAAGAACCAGAAGCCAAAGACAACACCCAUGGCAGCUAAAGCUCAGGCUAAAGCCCCAGCCAAACCAGGUACACCAGCUCGUCCAGCACCUAAAGUAGUCAAUGGCAAAGCAGCUGGUAGUAAUAGCAGCAGCAGCAGCAGCAGCAGCAGCAAUGAUGAUGACUCGGAGGAGGAGAAGGCAGCAGCCGUAUCUAAGAAGACUGUACCUAAAAAGCAAGUUGUGGCCAAGGCCCCAGUGAAAGCAGCUGCUGCUCCUGCCCAGAAGAGUUCCAGCAGUGAGGACUCCUCCAGUGAGGAGGAGGAGGAGGAAGAGCAGAAGAAAAAACCCAUGAAGAAAAAACCAGGUCCCUAUAGUUCAGUUCCCCCGCCUUCUGUUCCCCCACCCAAGAAGUCCCUGGGAAUUCAGGCUCCCAAGAAAGCUGCAGAGAAGCAGCAGCCUGUGGAGAGCAGUGAGGACAGCAGCGACGAGUCUGAUUCAAGUUCUGAGGAAGAAAAGAGACCCCCAGCUAAGGCAGUCAUCUCCAAAGCAACUACUAAACCAGCUCCAGCAAAGAAGGCAGCAGAGAGCUCUUCAGACAGCUCAGACUCCGACAGUUCUGAGGAUGAAGCUCCUGCUAAGCCAGCCAGUACUACCAAGAAUUCCUCAGGUAAGCCAGCUGCCACUCCCAAGAAGUCUGCGGUUAAGCCAGCUAUAACUCCCAAGCAGCCUGCAGCCAGUGGCCAGAAGCCUCUGACCAGAAAGGCUGAUAGCACCUCCAGCGAGGAGGAGAGCAGUUCUAGUGAGGAGAAGACGAAGAAGAAUGUAGCUACCCCUAAGUCCAAGGUGGUGGCCAAAGCAGCUCCGUCUUUGCCUGCCAAGCAGGCCUCUCAGGGUGGUGGGGACAGCAGCUCUGAUUCAGACAGUUCCAGCAGCGAGGAAGACGAGGAAGAGAAGACACCUAAACCCCCAGCCAAAAAGAAGCCACAGAAGGCAGGGGGAACUGUAGCCCCUUCCAAACCAGCCUCUGUGAAGAAAGCAAAGGCCGAGAGCAGCAGCACUUCUUCCUCUGAGGACUCCACUGAGGAGGAAGAAGAGAAGCCCAAGGGCAAGGGCACUCCAAGACCACAGACCCCCAAGGCCAAUGGCACCUCUGCACUGACUGCCCAGAAUGGAAAAGCAGACAAGGACAGCAACGAGGAGGAGGAGGGCAAGAAGAAGGCAGCAGUGGCAGUUGCUAAGCCAGGUUCAGGAAAGAAGUGGAAGCAGAGUGAGGCUGCUAAGGAGGCAGAGACUCCUCCAGCCAAGAAGAUAAAGCCCCAGACCCCCAACACAUUUCCUAAAAGGAAGAAAGGAGAACGAAGGGGAUCCUCCCCAUUCCGAAGGAUCAGGGAGGAGGAGAUUGAGGUGGAUGCUCGAGUGGCAGACAAUUCCUUUGACGCCAAGCGGGGUGCAACCGGAGACUGGGGGGAGCGAGCCAAUCAAGUUCUGAAGUUCACCAAAGGCAAAUCCUUCCGGCACGAGAAAACCAAGAAGAAGCGGGGCAGUUACCGGGGAGGCUCCAUCUCUGUCCAAGUCAAUUCUGUUAAGUUUGACAGCGAGUGACCGUGGACCAUCUGUAGCACAGCAGGGGUGAUGAUCUGAGCCCACUCACUUUCCCCAGUGGACCUGGGAACCCUCAGCUCUAUCGGGGGAGGGUCUCGGUGAGGAGAGCAGUUUAGAUUAGGUCUGAAGGCUUUGCGUUGUAACAUCCUCUAAGGUCCUUUUCUGUGUUUGUGGUUUUGUACAGAUUUGUUUUUCAGUGUUGGGUAGCAAGGACAAGGUAAGGGGAGUGUUCUUUUUUAAGAAAAAUUGUUUUAGUUGUCAUUCUCCCUGUUUUGUGGAAGUUCUCAUACUGAGAAAUUUGUAUAUUUUACAUUAAAUCAUUUCUUAUUGA